UGGUGGUAGUUGGGCGCGCGAGGCUGACGCAUGGCGGAUGCAGUGUUGUUUGAAUUUCUGCACACCGAGAUGGUGGCGGAGCUCUGGACUCCCGACCCCGACCCAGGCUCGGGGGGACAGAAGACAUGCCCGUCUGUCCUGGAGAGCAUGGGGUUCCGCGUGGGCCAGGCUCUGGGUGAGAGGCUGCCCCGAGACACUCCGGCCUUCAGGGAGGAGCUGGAUGUCCUCAAGUUCCUGUGCAAAGACCUGUGGGUGGCCGUGUUCCAAAAGCAGAUGGAUGGCCUUCGCACCAAUCACCAGGGGACCUAUGUCUUGCAGGACAACAGCUUCCCCCUCCUCGUCCCGAUGGCCUCAGGCCUGCAGUAUCUGGAGGAAGCCCCCAAGUUCCUGGCCUUCACCUGCGGCCUUCUGUGUGGCGCCCUCCAUACCCUGGGCUUCCAGAGCCUGGUCACCGCCUCCGUGGCAGCCCUGCCCGCCUGUAAGUUCCAGGUAGUGAUCCAGAAACCUUGAGGACCCGGUCACCCCUGCCCAGCCGCAGAGCACCCCUGGCCUUCACCCACUCUGGAGACAGCGGGCACCUCGGCCCAGGACCUUGGGUGGCUGCCCUGGGGGGGUCUUGGGGUCAGUGCCGGGACCCCAGUUCUGAGUGUCCCGUGCUCAACGGGAGCUCAGGGCGCUGGAGGCAAGGUGUCCUACUGGUCAGGACUGGUGGCGGGACAUGCGCGACGUCACUCAGGUGUUAAUAAAGUUCUGUA